CAGGAACGUAACAGGGAUACAACGAAUGAGCCAAAGAGCAGGAAGAGACCAAGUGAGCAGAAAACCAAAGAGCCUACAGGCUCUGAGAAAACGAGCAACGACAGAGGCAGGAAGUGCCGAAGAGAAGAACCACCAAAGUCCGCCAAAACUAACGGCAGCUCCGAUAGAAAGAGAUCACGUCAUGAAGCAGGGGUACCCAACGAGAAUAUAGUUCAAAACCACUUAAACAUAGCAUUAUUAAACGUAUUUUAGUAUUUAAACGGUAGAUAUAGGCAUAUUUUUAUCCCCUAAAAAUUUUUCAUCUGUUCGGAUUUCCUAGCUGAAAGUCUAAUGAUCCGAAAAUUAUAGGGAUCAAAACUUACCUUUUGGAAAAUUUCAGCCAGAAAAAAGGCUCCCGAAAAUUCUAGGUGACCUUUUUAGGUUAAAAAUCCGUUAGAAAUGGGCAAUUAUACCAUAUUUUAGAUGUUCGAAGUUACUAGGGGAGGCAGGCAAGCAAGAAAUUUUAAAACAAAUGUUUCGAAGAUUCUAGAUCUCAAAUCGUCUUCCGAACAGAUAUUCUUCCGAAAAUUGUCGUUGGGUGCCCCUGAUGAAGAAGAGCUAAAUUCCAUCCAGGAGAAGAUUGAAAGCUCCACAAACUCUAUCAGUCUGCUGAACAAUCACCUAGAGAAGGGCUCAUGCCCUAAGACUUUAAGAUACAAUGCGGUGGCGAAUAUCACGCCCGACGAAGACUUGAAGAAAGACAUAAACUCCAUAAGAAAGAAAGCCGAACAGGCCCUUGUAGGGGCCCUCGUGAAAUUCCACUACAGGCGCGUAGAUAGACUUAAGAAUAAGUACGGAAAGCUCGAACAAGCUCAGUCUCGCAGAAGUUUUCAAGAAACCAACCAGUCUUCCCGUAAAGCGCCGGCUAGAAAUAGAAAUACAAGCGAAGAUAAGAACGAGAACGAGCUAGCCGAAGUGUUGAAAGCUAAGAUUAGAGAGGUCGAUACAUUGCUUUUGUUUUAG